CAUUAAUGGCGGGGAUUUCCAGCGUAAACAAAUCAAAUUCACAGAAAACAAAGCGUUUAUCUUUUAUCGUCUCUGCAGUUGCAGCCUAAGUUUUAUUAAUAAUUAUGCAGGCCCAGGUGGGUGCACAGCGUGGCCAGCAGGAAGCUGAAGAAGAGACGUUUGGGCCACUACUACUUUCCAGACUUGAGCAACACGGGAUCAGUGCCACUGAUGUAAAGAAGUUUGAAGAGGCAGGUUUCUACACGGUGGAGUCAAUUGCGUAUGCUCCUAAGAAAAAUCUGCUGGCCAUCAAGGGCAUCAGUGAAGCGAAAGCAGAUAAAGUCUUGGCUGAAGCAGCAAAACUUGUGCCGAUGGGGUUUACUACUGCAACUGAGUUUCACCAGAAACGUUCAGAGAUCAUUCAAGUCACGACGGGAUCUAAAGAGCUAGACAAACUCUUACAGGGAGGUAUAGAAACAGGAUCAAUAACAGAAAUAUUUGGUGAGUUCCGGACCGGCAAAACACAGUUGUGUCACACACUAGCUGUCACUUGUCAGUUGCCAAUCGACAUGGGCGGAGGAGAGGGCAAGUGUCUGUAUGUGGACACGGAGGGAACAUUUCGACCCGAGAGGCUACUUGCAGUAUCAGAGAGGUAUGGCCUAUCUGGCAGUGAUGUUCUAGACAAUGUGGCCUACGCCCGGGCCUAUAACAGCGACCACCAGUCACAACUUCUCAUACAGGCAGCUGCCAUGAUGGCCGAGUCAAGGUACGCCUUGUUGAUAGUCGACAGUGCGACUGCCCUGUAUCGUACAGACUACUCGGGACGAGGUGAGCUUGCUGCCAGACAGAUGCACCUGGCCCGCUUCCUCCGCAUGCUGCUCAGGCUCGCAGACGAGUUUGGUGUUGCUGUGGUGAUCACCAACCAGGUAGUUGCGCAGGUUGAUGGAGCAGCCAUGUUUUCUGCUGACCCCAAGAAACCCAUUGGUGGAAACAUCAUAGCCCACGCAUCUACCACCAGGCUGUACUUGAGGAAAGGAAGAGGAGAAACGAGAAUAUGUAAGAUUUACGACUCUCCCUGUCUACCCGAGGCCGAGGCAAUGUUUGCAAUCAACGCCGACGGGAUAGGCGACGCUAAAGACUGAGACAGCCACCGACAAUGGGACCAAUAAUCAGGCAGAGAGUGAUCACUGGUUACCUGUAUCUCUCAGUGGUACUUUACUAGGCCACAAUUAAGAAAUAGUUUGUUUGGUGUUUCCCGUUCGACUCACAGAAAAACCGGCAACCUAAAAAAUUUAUUAGCCUCUCUGGUGGAUAUAUAUUUGUUUUCCUUUUUUCAUGAAGGAAUUAGGGGUUAGGAAGUAUGAAACACACAAGAUACCUACCUACAUUCAUCUCAAUAUGUGGAUAGAGAAACGUCAAAACAAAAUAUAUGUUAUUUUUGUGGCAUAAGAUACAAACCAUAUAUGAGGACUGUUUGAAUAUGUUCUAAAAGAAUGUACGAAUGUGAUGGGAAUCAAUGCUGCAGUCUUCAGAAUGGAAAGCAAGCAGUUUGGAUCAGUUUGAGUUUGUUGUGCAGAGUUACUGCUGUAUGUGUAAUAGAUAUCUGACUUGUUUAUGGAUGUGGGAUGACAUUGAAACUUAUCAAUUCAUAAAUACAUCCUUUGAAUUUCAUUUGAAAUAGCAACAACUAUUUUACUUAAAUUUACCAAAAGAAACAAUGAAAACAUUUUGAAGCAAAAUUUAUUCCUCUGCAGUUUUUUAUUUUAUUGAUUUAAUUUAAAAGUUAUUAUCCAAAUGCAUUUUGAACAAACCCAUAUCUGUCAAUAAAAAAGAAUAGUGUUUGCAAGAAAUUUGUUUAUGUAUGAAAUUAUUUGCAAAGAAUAUGAUUUUGUCCAAAAUAUUUCUGAUAACUGAACAAGAUUUUAAGCACUUACUAUCCAGCCGUGACGAAACUUGGUGACAGUACUUUUGGGCAUAAUGUCUUGGUCGAGUUUAUUUGUGGGAUAAGUCGCCUCAGUAACUCACAAGUUUAAACCACUUUUACAUUUGAUCAUAAUUUUAUUUAAAUGAAUUCGAACAACAUUAUUGUUUUUAGCCUGUAUAUAAUAAUUAAAGCAUAUGUAGACACAUCAACUUUAUUUUGACUAAAUAGGAAAUAAAUGCAUUGCAGUUGUCUAAAACCUUGUUCUUUUAGUUUCUCUUUUAAACUGAUUGUGAUAUAUGUACCGCUACAUACAGAUAUACUUUCAAUCAGCUAUUAUUGUGCUUCAUGGGUGUUUACCGAUAAUGCUCGUUAGUAUUCCACUGCUCCAUGUGAAGGGUUUAAUCCGGUUAAUUUUGGUCCCUUCAUAGUCAGGUGCCUAGCUGCUUAUACGCGUGUAUUUGGCGGAAUGCACAUGAUUCUGACGACAAAAAAAUCAAAACUCCAGUCCCCUGCCAGCGCAAUUAUGAAUCCACAUGAAUAGAUGGUUAGCUACCUGAUAGUAUAUAACCAAGUUUUAUUGUGGCAAUCCAUUUAUCAUUUACCAUUAUACUAAGUAAUGCUAAACUUUAUAAUGAACAAUAUUGACAGUAAGCAUUUUUUAGCCUUUGUUAAGAAACUUGGUCCCAUUGUUUGUGGUUACAAUGUCAAGUUUGAUCAUCAAAUGAAAUAUAUUAGGGUUAUGUCCCCAUUAUAUCAAUAUAUAGUUUGUUCAUUCCAUCUGAAGAAAAUAAAACAAUGUUAUUAAUAUUAUCAUCCAAUUAUUAUGAAACUUUAUGACAGUGUUUGUGGUUAAAAUGUUCAGAUCAUGUAAGAUUGUUAGAAACACUAUUUACAUGUUUCAAAGACAUUUAAAAUAUGUUCUUAAAACUCAAAAGCUUGUGAGGGAUGUAGUUAACACAUGAAUGGUGAUUGAUGUAAAUUACAUGUUCAGUGUACAGAAUAUCUGAUGUAAGACAUCUACCUAUAUAGGUGACAAUGAAAAACAUUUGCUCAUAGAUUAACUUGCCCUCUUGUUAGUGCAAAUAGAGCAGUGUCAUGGAAACCUGGACUAUUUAUAGAUCUACACGAUGUGAUUAAAGAGGGAGAAAGUUGUUUGAAUUAUGCUUUAUGAUUGUUUUAACAAUGUGUCAGUGAUCUCUGUGUAUGCAUUGUCAAUACUUUAAAUUUGUUAUGUCUAAUAGCUAUAUGUAUAUAGAUAUUGAAACCCUCAUUCAUUCAUAAUAUAGCGAAUAUUCCCAGCUAGUUUAUAGUGUGAGGUUAUAGAUUCCUGUCACGCAACUUAAAGCUUUAACAGAACACAACAACAAUUUAAAUUUCUGCAACUUUGUUAUUUGAUAUAUUUUCUUUUAAGAGACCCUGAAUUUUUCUUCAUGGUCUUUGUGGAUAAUAAUUAUAACAUUGAAAUAUGGUUCAAAUGUUAACACCAAUCUUCGUUUAAAGUAGUAACUUGUUUGUGGCUUAUUCAGUGUUGUAUAUAUCAUUUUUAGAACAUCUCUCGUAGACUUAGAACAUAAGACUUGGAACAUAAUCUUAUAUCAAAUGUGUACUUUUUCAUAUUUAAUAUUGAAUGAAUUUAUCAAUUUUGUUGAUUAAAAAGUAAAGCUUU